GCUAUAAAGCGGCAGCAAUGAGGGAUGAGAGGAGAAACGGUGUUUCAUAUAAAGCAAGGGGAAGCCAUCCUGCUGCGUGUGAAUUCCCACGGCCGCUUUGCGUUUUUCUCUUCGAGGGACAUUUGUACCAGAAGACGCUGAAGUGACCCGGCUACAGGACUACCUCCGGAUCCAGACGCUCAGGCUCCAGCAGCCUCCCUCAGAUCCAGUCCAUCCAGUGCACGGCUGCCUCCGUCCCAGCAGAGAUGCCUCCUACCUUGGCCACGGCCUUCUCCCGCCGCUGGUGGAUGGCGGUGACGGCGGUCAUUGAGAACCUGCUGUUCUCCGCCGUGCUGCUUGGCUGGUCGUCCCUGCUCAUCAUGCUCAAAUCUGAGGGCUUCUACUCUUACAUGUGCAAAGGACCUGAAAACAGCUCCAGCGCCUCCAACUACUCCAACGCGUCAAACUCUAAUGCUGACAGCGCGGCAGAGGAGUACCUGACGAUGAACAACUGGCCCAUCUGCAAAGACCAGGAUGAGAUGCUGAACCUGGCUUUCACCGUCGGCUCCUUCCUGCUGUCGGCCAUAACCCUGCCCCUGGGCAUCGUCAUGGACAAAUACGGCCCGCGGAAGCUGAGGCUUUUGGGCAGUGCCUGCUUUGCCUUCUCCUGCCUUCUCAUCGCCUACGGUGCCAGCAACCCCAAUAAUCUGUCCAUCCUGAUCUUCUUUGCACUGGCGUUAAACGGGUUUGGAGGCAUGUGCAUGACCUUCACGUCCCUGACGCUCCCCAACAUGUUUGGAGACCUGAGGUCGACCUUCAUCUCCCUGAUGAUCGGCUCCUACGCUUCCUCUGCUGUCACUUUCCCCGGCAUCAAGGUCAUCUACGAUCUGGGUGCCAGUUUCAUUUCCAUCCUGCUGGUUUGGGCCGGCUGUGCCUGCCUCGUCUUCCUCAACUGCUUCGUCAACUGGCCUCUGGAGCCCUUCCCCGGCCCAGAGGACAUGGACUACACGGUGAAGAUCAAGUUCAGCUGGCUGGGCUUUGACCACAAGAUCACCGGGAAGCAGUUUUACCGGCAGGUGACCACGGUGGGGCGCCGUCUCAGCGUAGGCAACUCGAUAAAGCAGCAGCACCCGCCAAAGGACCUGGCCUCCCAGGAGGCCAACAAGCUGUGCCUGUCCACCGUCGACCUGGAGGUGAAGUGCAAGUCCGCCGAAGAGACUCAGUCUUUCAUGAAGAGCGUCCUCAGCCCCAUCUUCUUGCUGAGCCUCAUCACCAUGUGCGUCACUCAGCUGCGCCUCAUCUUCUACAUGGGAGCCAUGAACACCAUCCUGGAGUCCCUGACGGACGGAGACCUCAGCACAGUGGAGAGGAUGGAAGUGGUGAGCGUCUACACCUCCAUCUUUGGCGUGCUCCAGCUUUUGUGCCUGGUCACCUCUCCCGUGAUCGGCCAAGUCAUGGACUGGAAGCUCAAGGAGUGCGACGACGAGAAUGACAAGAGCUCCAAGAGUGAACCCGGUCAGCCCCGUCGCACCAGCAAACAGAUCCAGAAGAUCGUCAACGCCACCAGAGCCUUCAUCUUCACCAACCUGCUUCUGGUUGGUUUUGGAUUCACCUGCAUCGUCCCCAACCUGCCCCUUCAGAUUCUGUCCUUCAUCCUGCACACUGUUGUCAGAGGCUUCAUCCACUCUGCUGUUGGAGGCCUCUAUGCUGCCGUGUACCCGUCGUCCCAGUUCGGCAGCCUGACGGGUAUGCAGUCCCUGAUCAGCGCUCUGUUCGCUCUGCUGCAGCAGCCUCUCUUCAUGGCCAUGGUGGGGCCCCUGGGGGGAGACCCUCUCUGGGUGAACGUGGGCCUGCUGGUGGUGAGCAUGCUGGGAUUCUGCCUGCCCCUGUACCUGCUGUGCCACAGUCACGACCUCCAGCGCCUCAGAGACGAGCAGAACGAGGAUCCCAAGAUCUACGUGAAGAUGAACAACGGCAGCGCGCCCGAGGCCUCCGUCUAGACUGGCAGGAGGAAGAGAUGUAAAAAAAAAAGAGAGAGUACAAGCUACACUUAAGAGAAGGAAGGCGGCAGAGGAAUUGUGCAUCUUCUCUCUCAGUUCAGACUGACAAAUCACUCACAUUCCCCCCUCACACACACACACAGACACACACAUCACACUGCUAAUCAUAGAUAAGUGAACGCCACUGUGACUGACAGCCAGUCUCACCCAUCUGACACUAUACGCUGUGAAAGACCUGACACACAUAUACACUCACUCUGGGAACUCACAGUCCCUCGACUGCACCUCUGAACUGAGGAGAAAACUGACAACAGGGAGAGGAAAGAAGCUCCAGCAGACUGCUGAUGCCUCCCUGAAUGACUCCUCCUCCACAUCCUCCUCCUCUUCACACCUCCUCUUCACUCUCGCCAUUUUUUUUAUUUCAUGCUGUAGCAUCUCUCAUCCGAACUCCAGAAAGGACAUCUCCAAACGCAGGAAUCAGUCAGCUGCCGUGAAAAUGUUGGACUCCAGGGCCGCUGUGACCCUUCGCUAUCAGAUCGACACGUUUUUGACCCGUGGUAUUUGUGUGCGCACAAACACACGAGCAGCUUCUGCCCCGGUCAUCUUCCCCUCGUGCCCGGGGGCAUUGACCGCAUCCACAGACAGCAGUAUUGGUAGCAGUUUCAGGCUUGGAUGAAUUAGUUCAGAGGCGGCACUUGGUCCGUCCUUCGUUACCGUUUCGCUCGGUCACCAGUGCGGGGAGACGCGCUCACCUUGCCAUGUGUUUGUUUGGUGCAUCUCGGAAUGUGUCACGGUUUCUUCUUCGUGUUUACUUGCAAUAUGAUCGCAGAUUGUUUGUUCCUUGUUCCUCGUGCAUGAUGCGACAGCGUGAAGGAGGAAGUGUGUGUAUAGACCAGGCGGAUAGGAUAAAGACGUUAGAUAUAUUCAGUAUGGCGUGAUUUUAAACGUUAGAGCUGCGUUAUUCUACUCACAUACAUGAAUUUUUUGGGGUCUCGAUUCGUUGUAGCAAUAAGUGCUUCUGCGAGGCGCUGGGCGACACACUGACACACAAUCACACACACACACAGAGACAGUCAGUACAUUUUAUGAAAUGUAUUUCUAGUUUGCAAAAGGUGCUAAUUGAAUCGCAGAAACGUGUCGUUUGUAUUUAAGACACAGUUGAGGUCUGUUUACCACAAAGGCAACAACGUGCCAUCAAAUUAUUACCAGUAGCUUGUUUUUCUUCACAAGGCGGGGUUCCAAAGAGUCAACCAAGUUACCAUUUCAAAUUGCAUUUUCCUUUCUGUUUUUCCUUUUUUUUUAUUUCUCUGUUUUGUGGUGAUUCUGUAACACAACCUCAACAGCAGCUCUGGGAAAACGCGCGUUCACUCUGACGGGCGCGAAGGGACAUUUGCUUGAAGGUAGCAGGCUGACAGAGGUGCAUUCCUCCAGCUUCUGAGACGAAAAAAAAAAAAAAAGGUUGAACGAAGAACCUUUAUCUUUGAAUGAGAAUCCACAGAGCAGAAGCAGGGUUGACGACGGAGCAGGGAGAUGCGCGUUCAGCCUGCUGUCUUCAGGUGGCGCACAGCGAAGCUCCUCACAUUUAUCCUGCCUGGCAGUAACUCACAGAGGCACCUCCAAAGACAGCCAUGACCCCUCAGAGUGCCUCUCUAUGCGACAGGAGGAGUGGAUUCAGGUGGGACGCGGCGCACCCAGUCCCUUUCUCCCUCCGUCCGCCCAUCCACCGUCUGUCGCUUUCAUCCGUCCCAAACAUCUUGAAAUAUUUACUGGUUACAAAGCUGAAAGGCAAGACUCCGCCGGCGUCCCGUGCUCCCAAUCAAACACUUUAGAGAGAAAUAAAUGGCACACGAUGCACUUUAGCCCUUCGAAAAUGGACCUCACUCACGGAUUUGUGAGCAGCCCGCCGCCGCUGCGUACCUUUCUCCGCGGCGAGCGGGCUGCUCACCGGCGCUGCACGAUGCAAAGAAUGUAGACUCAGAGCCUCGGAUGUAGAUUCAGAACUGGUGGACGGGAAGAUAGUGUUAUUUUUUUAUGCUCACAAAGAAAACUAUCGCUUCACAUGUUCGUUUUAUCGCCUUUACGCGCACGGGGCGCCGCGGCAGAGUCUUGUCUCUCAGUUUCGGGAACCUUCAAAAGUAUAUACCAGUCAGAACAUAUUCAUGGAUUAAGUGCAUGAGCCUGCAGAGAAGCGACAAUUUGUACAGAGGGAAAUUGGUGCAAAAUGUCAUUUUUUAUAUAUAAAUAUAUGGCAAAAAGUGUACCUGAAGAUUUUUGCAUGGUUUCUGAGCAUUUCAGCUUAAGCAGACACGUGAAAGCCUGUGUGGGAACAUGAAAAUGAAAACAAAGUGUUCAUACAUCUCCAUUAAUGAAGUCACCUCUGUUGCAGAAUCUCUUGAUUCUCCGUUACGAUCCAACACAAGGCUUCUUUACAUGUUUUCCCAUCUCGUUAAUUAAAAAAAAUUAUGUAUCUCUCAAGUGCAAAAACAGUUCCACACGAGCAUUUUUCAAUUCCUCCAUCCACUGACCUAUGGGCUCUGCAGCAGCCGGCAUCUCCCAGAUGUCCAUCUCCUUAACUGUGUCAGACCUGUUGGCACGGUUAGCAUUUGUCAAUCUUUAUUUGCACAUUGUAAAUACAAACCCACACGGAGACACUGACAACUUUUGCACUAAUAGCUUCCGUAACCUCACACCGCUGCUCUCCACAGGUCUGUGUUGCUGUUUAUGUACUUGAGAGAAACCACAGUGUCAAUUUCUUUAUGAAUUUCAAAUUCAAAUGAAUUAACUGUGCACAAAUCUUCUCUUACGACUAUACAAUUCAAAUUUUUUGUUUGAAUUCUGAUGUCAUUUGUCAUUUACAAUUUACAUUUUAUUAAGGCGCUAAUUGAACUCCAUAGAGCGUUUCUCUGGCUACAGGUGACAGGCAGGUACAGGUGUAGUGCUAUGAAUGUGGAUAAAGGUGGGCAUAGAUUUGGGGAUGUUUGUGGUAACCCAUUUAGAACUCACUCUUCAAAACAAAUAUAAUGUUAUUUACGGCCCACUGAUCUCGGUGAGUUCAUUUCCUCAAAAGUGGGGAACCAAUCAGCACUUUUCUUCACUGCCGUACCUUAAACGACUCAAAUGCCCUCGAUACCACCACCACCAUCCCGACCUCCCCCCAGCCCUCUAGGACAGGAUUCUUCUCUAGUUUGGUUUAUUGAUUGACGCGCCGAUCUAUCGUUUGCGUCAGCAUGCGCGUGCUGGUGUUUCCUUCGGCUUUGUGUGACAAAAGAAAAUGGAGAUUUAAGCUGAAACGCCAGCACAUGGUUUCUCCCUUGAUAUUUUGUAUUUUUUUCUACCUACCAUUCUUCAUUUUAGUUUUCUUGUGUUUUACCGAGUUGUUUUUUUCUCCUUUUCCUCUGAUGUUUACGAGAAUGUGUAUGUGUGAAUUUUCCUAGUCUUACAUUGUAUAUUUGGUUUUCUUUUGUCUUGUGCAACAGUAUAGCCAUUGUCAUUGACUUUUAAAAACGUGUUGUUUCAACUGAAAGAAAAAAAAGAUCAAUAUAUGAAGCAAAAAUAAACAGAGUAAUUUGUA